AUGGCGGAGGAGGCGCCACCCGAGGCGGCGGCGCCACCCGAGGCGGUGGCGGAGCCUCCCGAGGCGGAGGCGCUGCCCGCGCGGGAACCGGCGCGGCAACAGCCGCAGCCAGAGCAACGGAGACCUCCGCGGCCCCGGUCGGUUGUUGUCAUUGACAGGCAGCUGUUUGACCACCUCUCAGCAACAAAGAUGAAGAUCGGCAAGGCCCCGGCGCUCCUGAAGAAGGCAGCAGCUAUGUGCAAGAGCAAGACCGGUGUCCUCACGGCUAGGCUCCUCGUCCUUGCCGCGGUCCGUCGCAGGAUGGUCACAGUUGGCGCCAUUUCUCACAGGAUCCAUGCCCUCAUUGUGGCCGACUGGAAGAAGGGUGCCAAAGUGGACUACCACAAGGCUCUCAUGCUCCGCAAGGUCGAGAAGCUGAAGUACCAAGUCUGUGCGAUGGUCGAUCCGUCCCACCAUUUAGCAUUGUUUGAUCAAGAGGAUGGUGUUGGUGGCUGCACUGACUGGACACUGCACCCCAUCUUCAGCGACGGUGACGAUUUCUGUUACACUGACGAGUACGACAGAGAUGAUGAUGACGGAGAUGAGCCCUCGGUGAUGAAUGCAAUAAGGAUCAACCAGGAGGCUGAUUUGGAAUUCAAUAUGGACGACGAUAUUGACCUGGCUGCUGAAAUGUUCAUCAGAAGGUUCCAUGAGCAGAUGAACGAGAGCUUCUUAUGA